CGGGUGCCGUCCUGUCCCGGCAGGCCUUGCGCGGUGCGGCUGGUGGCUGUGUCGGUAAGAUGGCGGCCGUGAGUCUGAGGCUCGGAGACUUGGUGUGAUAAAAAGAAGUACGUGCUCCAGGCUGUGACAACUGCAGUUUCUCAUCCGAAACAUUGACAGUGAUGUGAAGUUGUCUAAUUUAUAUAGAAAAGGGGAAGCUGGGCCGGUAUCCUCCAUGGCCAGGAAAGAUUGUUAAUCCACCUAAAGAUCUGAAGAAACCUCGUGGAAAAAAGUGCUUUUUUGUGAAGUUUUUUGGAACAGAAGAUCAUGCUUGGAUCAAAGUGGAGCAGCUGAAGCCUUAUCACCUUCACAAAGAGGAAAUGAUAAAGAUUAACAAGGGUAAGCGCUUCCAGCAAGCUGUGGAUGCUGUAGAGGAGUUUCUUAGAAAAACCAAAGGCAAGGACCAGGCGUCUUCCCAUAACUCCAAUGAAGAGAAGAAUCGGCGUAAUUCCAGUGAAGAAAGAGGCAAGCAAUCUGCUGGUGAAGAGAAGCGCAAAGCCAGUUUGUCUGAAGGGAAGUUGAAGAAGGGCACAGGGGAAGGAAAAAAGAGGGUCUCUUCUGUAUCGUCAGAGAGAGGAUCAAAAUCACCUUUGAAAAGAGCCCAGGAUCAGAGCCCCCGAAAGCGGGGGCGUCCACCCAAGGAUGAGAAGGACCUCACAAUUCCAGAGUCAAGUACAGUGAAGAGAGUGAUGACUGGAACAGUGGCUGGAUUCAAAUGGCCGCCAAGUGUCAGUGAGCCCGUGAAGGACAGUGACCCACACUUCCAUCACUUCCUGCUGAGCCAGACAGAGAAGCCAGCUGUCUGCUAUCAAGCUAUCACAAAGAAGCUGAAGGUUUGCGAAGAGGAAACAGGAUCCACCUCCAUCCAGGCAGCAGACAGCACAGCAGUCAAUGGCAGUAUCACACCUACAGACAAAAAGAUAGGAUUUCUGGGACUUGGCCUAAUGGGAAGUGGCAUAGUCUCCAACUUGCUGAAAAUGGGUCACACUGUCACUGUCUGGAACCGGACUGCUGAGAAGUGUGAUUUGUUCAUCCAGGAGGGGGCACGGCUGGGAAGAACCCCUGCUGAAGUUGUCUCCACCUGUGACAUCACCUUUGCCUGUGUAUCAGAUCCAAAGGCAGCAAAGGAUCUGGUACUUGGUCCGAGUGGAGUGUUGCAGGGGAUUCGCCCAGGGAAGUGUUACGUGGAUAUGUCCACUGUGGAUGCAGAUACAGUCACAGAGCUGGCCCAGGUGAUAGUAUCCCGGGGUGGUCGCUUUUUGGAAGCACCAGUCUCAGGAAAUCAGCAGCUGUCUAAUGAUGGGAUGCUUGUGAUCCUGGCAGCUGGCGACAGGGGUUUAUAUGAGGACUGCAGUAGCUGUUUCCAGGCGAUGGGGAAGACCUCUUUUUUCCUAGGUGAAGUAGGCAACGCUGCGAAGAUGAUGCUUAUUGUGAACAUGGUCCAAGGCAGUUUCAUGGCUACGAUAGCAGAAGGACUGACUCUGGCUCAAGUGACUGGUCAGUCCCAACAGACCCUUCUGGAUAUCCUCAAUCAGGGACAACUUGCCAGCAUCUUCCUGGACCAGAAGUGCCAAAAUAUCUUGCAAGGAAAUUUUAAACCUGAUUUCUACCUGAAAUACAUCCAGAAGGAUCUCAGAUUAGCUAUUGCAUUGGGCGAUUCUGUCAACCACCCAACUCCCAUGGCAGCUGCAGCCAAUGAGGUCUAUAAACGAGCAAAAGCAUUGGACCAAUCGGACAACGAUAUGUCUGCAGUGUACAGGGCCUACAUCCACUAGGCUGCACCAUUCUUACUGUUAAUACUAUGAUUAUUGAUUAAUAUUAUUAUGAUACUGGGUUUUAACUCUGGACCAGUCCAUCUCUGUCUCUCCAUUUCCUUUUAUACACAGACUUUGAGAUCUGCCGCGAAGGCAGCUGCUGCGGUGAGCCUUCCCCGGUGGCAAAAGGGGGGGAGGAGGGGGCUCGGAUUGUUGCAGUCUGAUUAGAAAAUCCAUGCCAUGCACUGACAGUCAUGGAACAGGACAGUGGCGGCUCGUUCAGAAGCUCUGAGGCAACUCUGCCAGAAAUCUGCUGCUUGGCUGCUUUUGUUUUCCUCUUUGUAUGCUUGUCCAAGAUGCUGUUUCUAAUGAUUCCUUUUCUCCUUUGCUGUGAAAUAAUGUGUGUGUUGGACUCUCUGCAUCAAGGGGACAGGUGACAUAUGUCCCAUCUACCUGUGAAUAUCAGUAAAGGCCUUGGUCCCAAUUAAGGUGAGGAGCAUUCCUGUUCAUCACCCACUGUUAGAGAACAAAGCACCUCCCAUGGAGGAGAAGGGCAGUUCCAGAAGGUAAUGGGGUUGCAUGCAAUGCUGUCUUGAUUCUGUUUCCUUUUUAAACUUCCACCUCCCUGGCACCUUGAUGGAGGAAUUCCUCAUACUGACAGGAAGAACCGAUUGCAUCCAUGUCUUCCCCUGUACAGACAACUUUAGCUUAGGGAACGCAAACCUCGGUGAAAAGGAGAGAACGCCAGUGUAAACACAGCCUCCUAAAAGGUUAAUCACAGCUGCCCAUCCCACAAACAGUAUUGGAGAUUAACGUGUUUGUCUAGAAAACUGUAAGAAAAGCAUUCAGCUUAAAACUGGGCCGGAGGUAUUUUGCUUGGUGAAGGAGCAAAUCUUAGGGUUGCUCCUGGCCUUAGUGUAUGUUGAUUUACUUCUUGCCUUUUUUUUUUUUUUUUUUUUUUUUAAUAUCCUAGUACUUAAUAUUUACGAAGGCUUCUUGGACUGUAGCAGUGUCACAAGCAGGGUGAUGAGUCUGAAAGGGGUGAGAGGAAUGACUGUAGAGCUGGGAGUUUGAGGGUCUUGAGCUCCAUUCCAGGCUCUCUCUCUGGCCUUUGCAUGGUCAUUUCAUCUCUUAGCCUGUUUCCCCAUCUUUAAAGGUGGGUGAUAAUUACCUACCUCAGAGGGGUAUUUUGUGUACUGAUUAGUGAUCUUUGUACAUGUCAGAUUUUCCAUACAUGUCUGUAAUGUUACUACUCUGGUUACAACACUAGUGCAAUGUGAGAGUCUUCCCUGUACUUGUGACUCUGCUUGUGGCCAUAUACCAACUUCUGGAAAGACUGGUAAAUAAAAUGGGAGCCUAGGACUUCUGCUGAGCUCUAGCCUAGAAAUGUGGGAAUUGAGCUGCAGAUGGCCAGUGCUUAAGAGCAGAGAAACUGUCAGUGUUGACAGAGCAACCCAGAGUCCAGAGGAUGCCUGUCUCUAAAAAUGCAUAAAGCAUGGGGUUUUUAAUUCUCUCAGUAUUAGCCUUUUAGGAAGCUUCUUGCAUUUUAGAUUUGAGAGUUAGUAAAAUGCCAGUAAGAAGCUUUAUUGGCCCAAAUCACUUCUUAGUGACACAAUCUCCUCCCUUGGGUUGGGAUUCUGAAAGAAAAGAAAACAAAUUCCAAGUAGACCAUGUUCCUUUAAAUCCUUGAGGUCUGCCCCUCCCACCAUUUUAUGUUUCUAGGCACUUAAUGGCUGUUUAGGGAAACUUUCCUGUGGCUCAAGAUUUCUUGCCAAUCCUGCUUUGGGCAGCAUGUGGAUAUGGCUCAGGGGCACCUCAAUAAGAAGCAGAGAAAGUAUCAGAUACCGUUAUGGAACAUGACAUCUAAUUCCUAAUGCUGUAAAUGUUACUUUGUGUUGAAUAUUUCACCUCCGCUGAUCACUAUUAUUUGUGGGCUAAUAUUGUAUUAUGCAUUACGUCCUGUGGUGAACAUCUAGUAAUAGCUCUGUUACACAUCACUUUGCCUGUUUGUCAGUGGUAUACGUGAACAAUAUUAGUUAUACAUACGCGUUUCUUUGGCAGUACAGCUGCCAUCCUGCAUGUAGAUAUUCAUAUUAAAGGCACAUGUAACUACCCAGGAUAACCAGCCAUUAGCCUGCUUUUGACAUACUUAGGCUUUCCCCCAUCCAGCAGAACUCAGCAAUUAGCAUCGGAAAUCCUUGGUUAAAUACGCUGCAGUUGAGAAAUCACUCGCGCGAUUGCGCAGUGAGGGCAUCUGGGGGAAAUUGUGCAUUUGGGGACAGGAGACGAGACCACAGGUUUUAUAGUAUGAGAUAUGUUUGGGGAGGAGGGAGAUGCUGUCUCAGAUCCAGCUGAAAGAGCAGAGCAGUGCUGAGUCGAGCACAGCGGUCCCCGAACUGUCCCUGCAGAGGCCUCUUGGAAUAGAUGGAGGGUGAAUGGGUCUGAGCUGAUGUAAUCAAGGAUCUCCCUCUGUUUUAUGCUCUGUGGUGCCUCUGACAACGGUAGGUGUAGGAGAGGAGUCUCAAGCCUCAUGACACGUGUUUCGUAGUGAAUUCGAAGAGUCCUGUUUGCGAGGGGCAGAACCACUUCCCCGGUCGUCCUGCCACUGCAGGUUCUGUUUUGCAGAAAUACCGUAGCUCUCGGAGCGGAGGCCGUUGCGUACGCGGGAGUGGCAGGCGCAGACUAGUUCAACACUGUAAUUUAUCCUGUAACGGUCGGACUGCAGCUUUCUGGCUGGGUAGGUGGAUGUAGAUCGGCCGGAGGGUGUGGUGCUGCCUGGCGGACUGCACAGUUAAAGAUACACCAGGGAGCAAGGAGACCGAGAGCUCUGCAGUGGAUCCAAAGUGAGGAGGAGGGGUGGAAAUGGUGAAAACUGGACUGUUUCAGAUGCUGUUUGAGACUGACUGAAGCGUCAGUCUCACUUGGAUUCUUGUAUUUAUUUCUGUAGCCUCUGAACAUGGAUCUUAUUCUGUUCCUAGGCCUGAGAUCUGGGGGAGGGAAGGGGGGGGAAGCUGUGGAUUGAGAGAUGCUCUAAUAAAACUGGCUAGUCAAUGUUGUCUUAAUAUUGUUGACAAUUCUGUAAAGUUCCUUUUUAUGAGGAUUUCUGUUUUAGCAAUUUGCUUUUUUUUUGACUCCCUCCUUUUUAAAGAGAAAAUGUGACACUUGUGAAAAGCUUGUAAGAAAAGCAGUUUCUUUUUUCCUCAAUGAUAGAUCCUAUAGUUAAUUAAGGUUGUGAAUUUUUAUUUUUUUGCCUUGUUUUUAAUUAACGUUUGUCAUUCAGAAUAGGUUGUGUGAAAAUGUUUAAAUGGCAAAACAAAAAGAUUUUUGUGCAAUUAACAAAGCUACUGGCAAGAAAAAAAUAAAACCUUUCUUGGUAA